AUGAUGAAAUUCUCCGCCUUGGUCGUUUUGGCCGCAGCUCUUCCCCAAGUUUUGGCCACCCCUCCAGCCUGUUUGUUGGCUUGUGUGGCCCUGGUGCAAAAGGGCUCCUCUUGUUCCAACAUGGGCGACUUGUCUUGCGUUUGUUCGAGUGAAUCGAGCGCCAUGCAAAAGUGUUUGAGCAGCACCUGUCCAGACGGUGACGCCGAUGCCGCCUCUUCCGCCUUCAGCGACUCGUGCAAGGGCUACGCUUCUGUGUCUUCUUCGUCUUCUGCCUCUUCUUCCGAGGCUUCCUCUUCUUCCGAGGCCUCUUCCACCGAGGCUUCCUCUACUGAAGCCUCCUCUACUGAGGCUUCCUCUUCUGAAGCUGCUUCCUCUGAGGCUCCAUCCUCUUCCGAGGCUGCUUCUUCUGUUGAAGCCACUUCUGAGGCCGCUUCGUCUGCUGCUGUUUCUACCGAAGCCGCUUCCACCGAAGUUGCUUCUUCUGCACCAGCUUCUUCUGCACCAGCUUCUUCCGCACCAGCUUCUUCUGCGCCAGUCUCUUCUGCUCCGGCAUCUUCUUCCGUCGUUCCUUCAGCAACUACUGUCAGCUCUGCCGACGGCGCUUUGAAGACCGGUGCUUCCUUCGGUGCUGCUAUCAUUGGUGUGAUUGGCGCCUUGAUCUAA